AUGACGAAGCUGCCGAAUCCACCUCUGGACUGCAUUUCGCGCGUGCGUUUUGCGCCGGCAGAAGGAAACUGUCAGUUCCUUGCCGCCUCCUGGGAUGGAACCGUGCGCCUCUACGAUGCCGGGACGCGGCGUCUCUUGGGCCAGCACAAGCAGCCGUUGCCAAUCCUCGAUGCGGUUUUCUUCGAGGACUCCCUGAAAUGCGUUGCAGCGGGGCUGUCCAAGAAGGUCAUGCUCUCUGCAUCGGACUGGUGUGCCAUGGGCGUGGUGGAGGUGGAGCUGGCAACCGGCCUCCUUCCACCGGCCGUUCCAUCCAACGAUGCGGUGUGGUUGAACGCCGACGGCGCGCGCAGCACGGCCUUGUUCCUGGACUUCCCUUGGGAGCGCCUACGUGCUGGCACGCUACGCGCACCUGUGGAGCCCGGCCAGGCAGACCCGUUGGCGAACGCACGAGGCGGCGUCGCUCUGACUGGCGGCGGGCACGCCGCGGGUGGGCAGCCACUGGCACGAGCCGUUCUCUGCCGGUGCGGAGGCAGGAGUUCCAAUGUUGGGAAUGCGGGAGGCACAUGUUGA